ACGCAAAGCUGUCAAAUGUGUGACACAGCCUAGGGACGGUGGAUAGUAGUCAGGACGCAAUGAUUUACAGCAAAUAUCCAAAUACAGAAAAGGCCUGGACACCCUUCAAAGACUCAAGUAAAAGAAACCACCUCCUGACACCUACCGUUAAUGCUUUAAAUUCUCUCGAAUGAGAUAUCUGUGUGCGCACAGCGUGCUCCGUCUGUCUGAGCUGUGGAAUGGCAGGCUCCGGGCCACAGCAGGGCGUGCGGUACUGGAGUGUGAAGCAGGUGGGGCGGUGGCUGCGUGAGGAGGGGUUCUGUGACUACGUGGACCUACUGUGUAACAAACACCGGCUGGACGGCACCAGCCUGCUCACCCUGACCGAGUAUGACCUACGCUCACCUCCACUCGAGAUCAAGGUGCUUGGGGACAUCAAGAGGCUCAUGGUGUCUCUGCGCAAGCUGCAAAAACAGAAUGCAGAUGUGCUAGAGGAGCUGGGCUACGCCUAUGAUGGACACUCCCCACAAGGAGGCACUGGUCCAGAGUGGCUAUGUAAUGGAGACUCUGUGCGGGACUGUGACAGUGUGGCUGAUGCCCUCGUGGCAGAACAGUGCCAGUACAGCAAUGGCAAGCACAAGCACCUGACACGACGUCUGGACCCAGAGUACUGGAAAACAGCCCUCAGUUCUAUCUAUGUCGUCCUCGUUUUUGGUUUCACCUCCUUCGUUAUGGUGAUUGUGCAUGAGCGUGUUCCAGACAUGCGCACCUACCCUCCACUGCCUGACAUUUUCCUGGACAGUGUACCCAGAAUUCCCUGGGCCUUUGCCAUGGGUGAGGCAUGUGGAGUCAUCCUUUGUAAUAUCUGGCUACUUGUACUGCUACUACACAAACACAGGUCCAUACUUCUGAGACGGUUGUGUAGUCUGAUGGGAACAGUGUUCAUGCUGCGCUGUGUCACCAUGUUUGUCACCUCACUCUCAGUACCUGGCCAACACCUGCAGUGCACUGGGAAGAUAUACGGUGAUAUUUGGGCGAAGCUGCAGAGAGCAGUCGCCAUAUGGAGUGGCUUUGGCAUGACCCUGACAGGAGUGCACACCUGCGGGGAUUACAUGUUCAGCGGGCACACUGUGGUCCUCACCAUGCUCAACUUCUUUGUCACUGAAUACACUCCGAGGAGCUGGAACUUCAUUCACACACUCUCCUGGGUGCUCAACCUGUUUGGCAUCUUCUUCAUCCUGGCUGCUCAUGAGCAUUACUCCAUCGAUGUCUUCAUCGCCUUCUACAUCACCACACGUCUCUUCCUGUAUUACCACACGCUGGCCAACACGCGCGCCUACCAGCACAGUCGCCGUGCUCGUAUCUGGUUCCCCAUGUUCUCUUUCUUUGAGUGCAACGUUAAUGGCCCUGUGCCCAACGAGUAUUGCUGGCCCUUCUCUAGACCAGCCUUCCUCAGGAGACUCAUCGGCUAAACACACACAUAAACACAUCAUCACACGCAAACACAAAACACACACACGUUCAUGCACAGGCUAACUCACUCUCUGACUACUCAUUUGAGUUGUACAUUGUGAGGAUAGAGAUACUAUCUUAAUCAUUAUAAGCAUUUGUUGCCAUUUUGGCAUGAAUCUUUUUCUCUCACUGUCAUAGUGGCCAGCAAAAUGUUUUGUUCUCUAUCUCACUCACCCACUCCUCUCAGACACACACACCCACAAACGCACACAAAACUGUUGAUUGUCUGCAAGUUGGAAAAUAAGGUUGGAGUCUUCCCACUGUUUUGUGCACACUGCAACUUGGAGGCUGUGUGUGUGUGUGUGUGUGUGUGUGUGUGUGUGUGUGUGUGUGUGUGUGUGUGUGUGUGUGUGUGUGUGUGUGUGUAAAUAUAUAUAUAUAUAAACACUAAACAUACUAAUUUAAAAAACAGUGACAGGUAGGGCAAAAGUUCAGUCUGAACUGCAUGACAAUAUUUGCAGUUUUCAUUUUUCUAGAUCCUAAAGGUUAGGUUGUCUAGUUUAACAGAUAAAGGUACAAUAUUUUUCUGUUCACUCUUAGUAGAAUAUUGAAGUUGCAUAUGUGCUAAUGUUUUAUUCCAAUGUGUACGUUGUUAAUGAAAGAUGCUAAAUUUGAAGCAUUUUUCAAGUUUUGCUACUAUAAAACCCUAACCCUAACCCUGGGACUGGGACAACUUUAUGCCACAGAUCUUACACGGAGUACAUUUUAAGAGAAAAAAAUAUAUAUAACUAGUGGUGGGGUGACCGUGCAGGUUAAUUAUAGUUGCCAUGUUACACUGAAAUGUGACUAGCAGGGUUGUAAACCUAAAAACAAAUGCAGAAAAUCAAAAAUUGUUAACUGAACAUUAAGUAUAUUUCAAACAACAAAUCUGAUAAAUACAUUUUACCGAUCAUUAUAUGAAAAUAAAAAUUAAUGGAGGUGUUAAAAUAAUAUGACAAACACAAAAGCAUUAAAUUUGUGGCCAGCCCAGUAACCAAAAGCUUGCAGUAACUGUAAACACUUUAACUGUUUUAAAAUAAUUGAUUCCUUGUUUGUCCCAAAGUGAUUUCAACCUUGUUUACCAACCUUUUGAAGCAAUAUGAAACAUUAAUGCUUCCAGAACUCCUAUAGUUUACACUUUCAUUGUCUGAGUAAUGUUUCUGUCAGCCUUGAUCAUUUCCAUGUGUUUAAUUUGUGCGAUAAGCCUUUGUACUAAGGAUUUGCCAUUUUGCUUGGCAGUAUUAGACUACCUGCAUAUGCUUACAAAUUAUCAUUUGUGCAAGAUUUUUUUAUUUUUAUUUUAGGGGGGAUGUGGUAUUCAGGACACACAGGUUUUUCUCUCCAAUUUUUUCUUAUCUUUUCAGCCUUGCUGUUAUACCAUUAUGUUUGAGUGAAUUAUCUGUGAUCAGCUGCCAAAAUUUGGGAUAUAAAUUGUUGAGUCUCUGUCCUAAUUAGCAUUCCAAAUGCCAACGAUAUUUCAUAGCAUGCUUCAUCUCUUUAAUACACAAGGGUUUUUUUUGUUUUGUUUUUUGGUUUUUUUUGUUUGUUUGUUUUUUUACAUUUUUGUGAGAUGUGUUAACUCUUGAUGUGUUAGUAUUUAGAAGGUCUCUUAUACGGUCUUAGAAUGUUUACAGUUUAACAAAACUCCUUUCUCCCCUAAAGAGGACUAUGUUUUCCUCUCAUUCUAGCGCGUGACAUUAGAGCUGAGCUGACAGGAUAUAAGGAUGGAUCAUUGGAUGUGUGUGCAGUUGUGUACAUGCACAAGUGUGUCUAUCGAUCUCUGAUCCUCUUAAAGUGGAAAGUCUGCUGAAGGUUCUAGUGGAGAUCCGGUUUGGUUUUUUGCACAGAUGUACAGAAAUACAAUAAGUUAAUUUAUUUGUUGUAGGUUUGUAAAUAUACAGGAUACAACAAAGUCAACCCCCAACCCCCCAGCCAAAAAAAAAAAAAAAAAGAAGAAGAAGAAAGCACAACAAUUACUUGCCUAGUUAAUAUGUAAGGGAGAAAGUGGACAUGUGAGUGCUAUUGGGCGCCAAUGGACCCUCCCUAAUGGAUGAUCUACAUUUGCCAGUUGAAGGAGUCCCACCAUUCCUCUAAGCCCUCUGAAGGCUUGGGGUUUAGUUAGGUUGUUGGGGGAGCUCUGACCUCACCCUUGCUGAGUCUCCUUUUGUAGUUACAUUCAUGUUUGAUAUGUUGAUUGUAUGAUUCAAUAUGUUUCUGAUAUUGCUAAUAAAAGUUUAAACUUAA